AUGGCGGUUCUUAAUGGAGCGAGAACAAUCAGAUUUGUUCUGCCAAGAAAGCAACCACGCCGCACCAAACAAGCAGAGGCUUUCUCAGAAUACAACGUAGAAGAUUAUCAGAGCCAUGUGAGCGAAGUAAAUUCCAAUUUCCAGCAACAAGAGAAAAAGAGGCGUUACAGAGGAGUAAGGCAGAGAGCGUGGGGUAAAUGGGUCGCAGAGAUCCGAGACCCAAGGAAGGCAAUUAAGGUUUGGCUCGGCACUUUCUCCACUGCGGAAGAUGCAGCCAAAGCUUACGACGAGGCCGCCUUAGAAUUCAGGGGAGCAAGGGCCAAAUUAAACUUCCCAGAGACAGCAUCUAUCAACCUCCAUAAUAAUUAUACUAAUGCCUCUCUCAACUCAAAUCAUAAGGACGUUUUCGUUGAUGGCAGUCUGGAGAAUACACCCGCAAGCUCGACAUUAACAGACUCUUCUUUCUCACCAACUUAUGACAUGUCUGCUUGCUUGCUAUACAGUAGCGCAAUUCAACAUGUCCCUGGUUAUUCCGACUUCAUCCAUGCCUCAGAAUGUUCACCCCAGUUAUUUCCUAAACUUUAUGACAAUGCACAGCAUGAUGUGGAGCAAACAAAUAAUUUUCUUCCUUUUGAUGCUUCUCAGCGAUAUUCUGGUUUUACAAGGCAGCAGCAACGCCAGUUGGGUGUAUAG